AUGGCCGAGCACGCAUCCUCGCCAGCAGCAUCGAGCAGCGGAGAAGCGGACGAGCAGGGGCGAGAACCCGAGCGGCUGCCGGCCAGCUCGCAGCUUCGAGCCCGCCGGACGAGCGCACGACUCAAGCACAACAGAGGCGGGGAGGCGCAGGACGAUGCAGGCAACCAACCGACAGACCGUCUGAGCCGGUUCCGGGGCUCCUUCUUCGCCCUCCUCGCCACGAUCACACGGCUCGUCCUAUGGCCCUUCAGAUACAUCCUCACCACCCUCCUCCCCCACACCCUAGCCGGCCUAGCGGCGGCCGUGGUGCUUGUGACGGCGGGAUAUCUUCUGACGAGCACGCUGCAGGGCUGGGUGACGAGCCGGCUGUUGAGCCCGCUGGGCGUGCUGGGCUCGACGCUCUCGACCCCGCUGGUUAGCUUCUACUGCGCGAGCCUGCACGGGCCGUUCUGUGGCUCUGCAGGAGACGACGGCCGGAGCGGGAAGGAUCUGGCGCAGAUCGCGCGCACGGUGUCCGGCUCGGCGCAGAAGGCCGCCGACAUCUUCGACUCGGUCGUCCAGCUCAGCGAUCCCAACCAUCUCGGCCUCCACCAGGCCGAGAUCCUCGAGCUCUCCUUCGCCAUCCGCUGGUCGACACAGCUGGCUGACAAGGAACUCCUCGGCGAUGGGCUCGCUGAGCUUGCUGAGCUGAGCCGGGACCUCAAGGACAACCUCGUCGACCUCAACGGCCAGGGCCUCAACACGUUCUCCUUCAUCGCCUACGAGUUCUCCAGACUGGGGGACCUGAUGCAGUGGGUGCAGUCCGGGGAGAAGAAGUACACCUCAGAGACGAUCGCGAGGAACCUGGAGAUCCUGUUCAGCCAUCUGUCGGCCGAGCUGAGCCGGCUGCUGGCGGCGAUCGAGGUGCUGAUCCCGCGCGCCUCCCGGGCCGUCCAUCUCGGCAUCCAGCUCUCCGAACGUCUCCACCACGAACACUACCAGCUGGCCAACAAGAAGAGUAGCCAGACGCUGUGGAAGAAGCUGCUCGACCUCGCCUCGUUCUCCGGCCAACAGCUCAACAGAGACCUCGCGCUGACUGCCGAGUCGAUCGCCAACCUCAAGCGCACCUGGGCCAAGCUCGAGCAGAUCCGGACGGACCUCCUGACCUACCGGAACAACGUCGCCAACUUCAAAGCGAGCUUCACGGGCUGGCACCUGGCCGACCACCAGCUGUCGCCCGAAGACGAGCUGUUCUCGAUGCGCGAAGUCAUCGCCCGGUUCCGCCUGACCAUCCAGGAAGUCAAGGCCUCCGCCCGGCUCCCGUACGCCCCCGCCCCGGCGCCCCGGCUGCUCGCCGAUCUCCCGCCCGAGCCCGGCCCCGGACCAUGA